AUAUGUAUUAAUUAUGAUGGAUCAAUAAUUGAUGCUUGUAUUGGAGCAUUGACAGCUACACUUAAUACUUUAACUUUACCUGAAACUGUGUACAAUGAACAAACAGGGGCUGUGUCUGUACAUUCUAUAAAAAGAAGACGAUUUACAGUCAAAGCAUUACCAGUUUCUGUAACUUUUGCUAUAUUUGAUGAUCAAUUAUUAAUUGCUGACCCUACUGAUGAUGAAGAAAGUUUAUGUCUAGCAAGAUUAACAAUAGUGAUGAAUGAAGACAAAAUUUGUUGUAUCCACAAACCUGGUACGUUGCUUCAUGUUAAAUAAAACUGACCUAGAUAAACUGUAAUUAAUUGUAGCUAU